AUGUCAUCAUCGGUAAAGCAUCACAGUGCUCCGUUGGAAGCCUCAACCCCACACAAGUCGUCCGCUACCAAGAAGGCGGCGACGCCAGCCAAGGUCGACGAACGUAAGGCACAUGCCACCCCGAAGAAGGAAUCGGCUUCGGCCGCUGCGAAAGAGAAGACGACGCCAGUAACGAAGAAGAUCUCUUCGUCAACAUCCAAGCCGGCCGCUUCCGCCACCAAGACACCUACGUCUGCCUCGAAGACGGCCUCGUCGAAGGCCAAGCCUACCACAUCCAGUGCACACAAGACAGCUUCGCAAGCUUCCAAGCCCGUCAAGUCCUCAUCACACACUGCACAGAAGGCGACGAGCGGGAGCAGCGGUGCCGACAUCAUCAAGAGACUUCAGGAGAAGAAGAACCCACAAUAUUCCGAGACGACUGGCUCGGACAUUGUCAAGAGGAUCCAAGCAAGAAAGGCCGCGGCGGCCAAGGCGGAGGCUGCACCGUCCAAGGCCGAGACCACGGUGAAGAAGACGGCAUCGACAGCCAAGCCGUCAACACAAUCCGCAUCCGUACCUAGAACUUCAGCCAGUGCCCCCAAGUCGGCACCGGCCCCCGCGAAGCAGCCGGUCAAGCCCGCGGUGAUCCCGGCUCCGGUUCUGAGAAGCGUACCAGCUGCCAACCCUACGCCGGCGAAGACGUCUUCUGCCCCGGCCCCUAAGAAAGAGAAGGUGUACGCCCCUGGCGCCCUGGUGCCGACUGCGGAGCUUGAGGCGAAGCGUGCAAAGGCCGCUGCUACCAAGAACGCGGGUCCCAAGGAGAAGAACUACCACCCGAGCGCCCUCUUGCCUACGCAUGAGCUCGAGGCCAAGCGCGCCGCGAAGAAGUCGGGCCAGACUGGCGGGCCUGUUGGCCAGGUUACCGACACCGUCGGCAAGACCGUUGGAGGCGUCACCCGGACCGCCGGAGGCGUUGUUGGCGGGGCCGGCAAGACUGUCGGUGGUGUUGGCAAGACUGCCGGGGGAGUUGUCGAUGGAGUCGGCAAGUCCGCCGGCGGCACCGUCAACAACCUGGGUAAGACUGUCGGUGGUGUUACCGGAGGUGUCGGCAAGCAGGUCGGUGACACCGUCGGUGGUCCGCUCGGCAAGGGCGUUAGUGGCGCUACGGACGGGCUCGGAAAGACUGUCGGCGGUGCUACCAGCGGCGUCGGCAACACGCUCGGGGCUGCUACUGGAGGUCUUGGAAAGACUCUUGGUGACACCACUGGUGCGCUCGGAAGGGGUGAUGUUAUGGGCACCGUCGGCGGAGCCACUGCUGGAGUCGGUAACACCGUUGGAGGUGUUGGAAAGGGAUUGGGCGACACUGUUGGCGGCACUCUUGGAGGUGUUGGUGACACGGUCGGUGGACCCGUCGGAGGCAUUGUCGGCGGCGUCGGCAAGGGCGCCGGCGAUGCUGUCACUGGUAUCACAGGUGGCCUAGGCAAGGGCGUUGGCAAACUCGGCAAGGGAGAUGUCCUCGGCGGCGUCGGUGAUGUUGUCGGAGGCGUUGGCGACGGAGUCGGAGGCCUUCUUGGAGGUGUACUCGGCGGUGUUGGCGGAGGAGGAAAAGACAACGGCGGUGGUCUCCUUGGUGGAGUUCUUGGAGGAGGCGGUGGCGAUGAGAAAGAAGGAGGCGGUGGUGGAGGCCUUCUCGGAGGCGGAGGAGGAAAGGGAGGUGGUUUGUUGGGAUUGUGA